GAAGUCUCCCUCCCCGCCCCCCUUCCCUCGCUUCUCUUCUGGCCUGGCUCGGGCUGACUUCACCCUGGAGGCACCUGAUCUUCCCAGAUCAACUGGGAGGGGCUAGAGCCCCAAGCAUGGCCUCGGUUGGGGGUGGAGGUACCGGCGAAGCGAAGGAUAUUUAAGAUGCUGAGCUAGGCACGGGACACAGGCUGCGGAGGGAGAGCUGCAGGAAUACCCAACUAGACUCCUCUUUCAGGAACUCUGAAAAAAGGGAAAGAGAAAAAAAGCAAGAACUACGCAAGGAAAAGAGAGAGAGAGGGCAAUAAAUCCGGGGCUUGAGUCCGCGAGGGCGUUUUGCAAAUUCGUCACAGACGCUUCUCUCCGACUCCAGCAAAGGACCUCGGAACCCACGGGGCCAGAUCGGGCCCCACUUGGGUCCGAGGGAGAUGCGGAGGAAGGCGCUCUCGUCCUGGCUCUGCGUCUUAACCGUGGCCGCGGUCGUCUGUCCGGCAUGGCCGCAGAAGCCUCCUAAGCGCAAGGGGCCCGGGGGCGCCGCCCCGUUCAAAGCCGCCGGCUGCUGCGAGGAGAUGAAGGAGCUCAAGGUCCAGAUGGCCAACCUGAGCCGCCUGCUAGGGGACCUGACCAAGAAGCAGGAAGGGGACUGGGUCAACGUGGUCAUGCAGGUGAUGGAGCUGGAGAGCAGCACCAAGAAGAUGGAGCUGCGUCUCACGGACACAGAGAGCAAGUACUCCGAAAUGAACAACCAGAUCGACAUCAUGCAGCUCCAGGCAGCCCAGACGGUCACCCAGACCUCGGCGGACGCUGUCUACGACUGCUCGUCCCUCUACCAGAAGAACUACCGGAUCUCUGGUGUGUACAAGCUUCCUUCCGAUGAGUUCCUGGGAAGUCCCGAGCUGGAGGUGUUCUGUGACAUGGAGACCGAAGGCGGGGGUUGGACCCUCAUCCAGAGGAGGAAGAUCGGUCUCAUCUCCUUCCACCGGGACUGGAAGCAGUACAAGCAAGGCUUCGGGAACAUCCGCGGGGACUUCUGGCUGGGGAAUGAGCACAUCCACCGGCUUUCCCGACGUCCCACUGUGCUCCGGGUAGAGAUGGAGGAUUGGGACGGAGACGUCCGCUACGCUCAGUACAGCCAUUUCACCCUGAGCAACGAACUGAACAGUUACCGUCUGUUCGUGGGGAACUACGGCGGUACCGCCGGGAGAGAUGCCCUCCACUAUCACAACAACACGGCCUUCAGUACCAAGGACAAAGACAACGACAAGUGCCUGGAUAACUGCGCGCACUUCCGCAAAGGUGGAUACUGGUACAACUGCUGCACAGACUCCAACCUCAAUGGGAUUUACUACCGCCAAGGUGAGCACACGAAGCACACAGACGGCAUCACUUGGUAUGGCUGGCGCGGUUCGAGUUAUUCCCUCAAGCGGGUGGAGAUGAAAAUCCGGCCCGAAGACUUCAAGCCCUAAGGGAAACCAUGCUCCUUGGUGGGGCUGCGGAGGCUCCG